AAGGUUGAACUUUGGAAUUCCACCGAGGGCCUCCCUCGCCCAGAGGCACCGAGUUGUGUGUGUGCCUUACCCAUUCACUCCACCAGAAUGCAGUUAGGACUCCUGAAGAAACAGUAUUUGGGAGCCAGGCUAGUGGACGGUGUUCCUGGUACCAGAGAGCUGAAGUAAUGAGAAGGCAUCAUGGAGGCCCAGUCCCACAGCUCCCUGACCACUGAGAAGAAAAAAGUUGAGAAUUCUGUAGUAAAAUGCUCCACUCGAACAGAUGUCAGUGAGAAAGCGGUGGCCUCCAGCACUACUUCCAAUGAGGAUGAAAGUCCUGGACAGACCUAUCACAGAGAGAGAAGAAACGCGGUCACCAUGCAGCCACAGAGCGUCCAGGGGCUUGGCAAGAUCAGCGAGGAGCCUGCCACAUCUAGUGACGAGAGGGGCUCGCUGAUCAAGAAGGAGAUCCAUGGGUCCCUGCCCCACCUGGCUGAGCCCUCCAUCCCAUACCGCGGGGCCGUGUUCGCCAUGGACCCCAGGAACGGUUACAUGGAACCUCACUACCACCCUCCUCACCUGUUUCCUGCCUUCCACCCUCCUGUGCCAAUCGAUGCCAGACAUCACGAGGGGCGUUACCAUUAUGAUCCGUCUCCGAUUCCUCCACUGCAUGUGCCUUCUGCCUUAUCGAGUAGCCCAACGUAUUCGGACCUGCCCUUCAUUAGGAUCUCCCCGCACCGGAACCCUGCUGCUGCCUCGGAGUCCCCCUUCAGCCCUCCACAUCCCUACAUCAACCCGUACAUGGACUACAUCCGCUCUCUGCACAGCAGCCCAUCCCUCUCCAUGAUCUCCGCAGCCCGGGGGCUGAGUCCCACAGAUGCGCCCCACGCGGGAGUCAGCCCAGCAGAAUACUAUCAUCAGAUGGCUCUGUUAGCUGGCCAGCGCAGCCCCUACGCAGACAUCCUUCCCACGGCUGCCACCACUGGUGCUGGGGCCAUCCACAUGGAAUAUUUUCAUGCCAUGGACAGCACCAGAUUCCCCAGCCCCAGGCUGUCAGCCCGGCCAAACCGAAAACGUACACUGUCUAUAUCACCACUCUCCGAUCAUAGCUUUGACCUUCAGACCAUGAUAAGGACGUCUCCCAACUCCUUGGUCACAAUUCUCAAUAAUUCCCGCAGCAGCUCUUCAGCAAGUGGCUCCUAUGGUCACUUAUCUGCAAGUGCAAUCAGCCCUGCCUUGAGCUUCACCUACCCUUCUGCGCCUGUGUCUCUCCACGUGCAUCAACAAAUCUUAAGCCGACAGCAGAGCUUAGGCUCGGCCUUUGGACACAGCCCUCCGCUCAUCCAUCCUGCCCCAACAUUUCCAACACAGAGGCCUAUUCCCGGGAUCCCGACGGUUCUGAACCCUGUCCAGGUCAGCUCUGGCCCUUCGGAGUCCUCACAGAACAAGCCCACGAGCGAGUCUGCGGUGAGCAGCACUGGCGACCUGAUGCACAACAAGCGAUCGAAGAUCAAACCUGACGAGGACCUCCCCAGCCCGGGGCCACGGGGGCAGCAGGAACAGCCGGAAGUAACCACCCUGGUGAAGGAGGAAGGGGACAAAGAUGAAAGCAAGCAGGAGCCUGAAGUCAUCUAUGAGACCAACUGCCACUGGGAAGGCUGCACCCGGGAGUUUGACACCCAGGAGCAGCUGGUGCACCAUAUAAACAAUGACCAUAUUCAUGGAGAGAAGAAGGAAUUUGUGUGCCGGUGGCUAGAUUGCUCAAGAGAGCAGAAGCCCUUCAAAGCCCAGUAUAUGCUGGUGGUGCAUAUGAGACGACACACGGGAGAGAAACCUCACAAAUGCACUUUUGAAGGUUGCACAAAGGCCUACUCGAGACUCGAAAACUUGAAAACACACUUGAGAUCUCACACUGGAGAGAAGCCAUAUGUCUGUGAGCAUGAAGGUUGCAACAAGGCUUUCUCGAAUGCUUCCGAUCGUGCCAAGCACCAAAACAGAACACAUUCCAAUGAGAAACCAUAUGUAUGUAAAAUCCCAGGCUGCACUAAGCGCUACACAGACCCCAGCUCUCUCCGGAAACACGUGAAGACAGUGCACGGCCCAGAGGCUCAUGUCACCAAGAAGCAGCGUGGGGACAUCCAUCCUCGGCCCCCACCACCACGAGAUUCCGGCAGCCAUUCCCAGUCCAGGUCACCUGGCCGGCAGACUCAGGGAGCCCUUGGUGAGCAGAAGGACCUCAGCAACACUACCUCAAAGCGGGAGGAAUGCCUCCAAGUGAAAACGGUCAAGGCGGAGAAGCCCAUGACAUCUCAGCCAAGCCCUGGUGGUCAGUCUUCAUGCAGCAGCCAACAGUCCCCCGUCAGCAACUAUUCCAACAGUGGGCUCGACCUUCCUCUGAGCGAAGGAGGUGGUGUGGGAGACCUCGGUGCCAUCGACGAAACCCCAAUCAUGGACUCGACCAUUUCCACUGCAACCACAGCCCUCGCUCUGCAAGCCAGGAGAAACCCAGCAGGGACCAAAUGGAUGGAGCACGUCAAACUAGAAAGGCUCAAACAAGUGAAUGGAAUGCUUCCGAGACUGAACCCCAUCCUACCCCCCAAAGCCCCUGCAGUCUCUCCUCUCAUAGGAAACGGCACCCAGCCCAGUAACAGCUGCAGUGUGGGCGGGCCCAUGACCCUCCUCCCGAACAGAAGCGACCUCUCCGGGGUGGAUGUCACCAUGCUGAACAUGCUCAACAGGAGGGACAGCAGCACCAGCACCAUCAGCUCGGCCUACCUGAGCAGCCGCCGCUCCUCGGGCAUCUCCCCCUGCUUCUCCAGCCGGAGGUCCAGCGAGGCGUCCCAGGCCGAGGGCCGGCCCCAGAACGUGAGCGUGGCCGACUCCUACGACCCCAUCUCCACCGACGCCUCCCGCCGGUCCAGCGAGGCCAGCCAGUGCGACGGGCUGCCCAGCCUGCUCAGCCUCACGCCGGCCCAGCAGUACCGCCUGAAAGCCAAGUACGCGGCCGCCACCGGCGGGCCCCCACCCACGCCGCUGCCCAACAUGGAAAGGAUGAGCCUGAAGACCAGGAUGGCCCUGCUCGGGGAUGGCAGGGAGUCCGCGGGGACCCUGCCUCCGGUCCACCCUCCCCGCAGGUGUAGCGACGGGGGAGCCCACAGUUACGGUCGGCGGCCCCUGCUGCCCCAGGACGCGCUGGGCCACGGCGUGAGAAGAGCCAGCGACCCGGUGAGGACGGUCUCGGAGAGCCUCUCCCUGCCCAGGGUGCAGCGUUUCAACAGCCUCAACAGCUUCAACCCCCCGGUCUUGCCUCCAGCCCUGGAAAAGCGUAACUUAGUGCUGCAGAACUACACGCGGCCGGAGGGCGCUCCGCCCCGCCACUUCCGCACGUCCCCCUGUCCUCCGAGCAUCGCAGAGAACGUCACCCUGGAGUCCCUGACCAUGGACACCGACGUGAGCCUGAACGAUGAGGACUUCCUGCCCGACGACGUGGUGCAGUAUUUAAAUGCCCAGAACCAAGCCGGCUACGAGCAGCACUUCCAGAGCGCCCUCUCUGAUGACAGCAAAGCGGCCCCGGGGCCCAGCCUGGGGAGCGGGCAUGGCGACUUCGAGCCAGCGCGGGCCUUCGGGCUGUAUAACAACAUGAGUGUCCACCCCCAGAACCCCCUGGGGAGCGGGGCCGGCCCAGCGGGGGUCUACCAGAGCCUCGGGGAGCACUGCAGCGCCUAUGGUGGGCCCGAGCACCUGGCGGUCCACUGUGGCGGGACCGGCACCAACAGAACUGUCUUCCAUGAACAGCCCUAUAAGGUCCAGCAGUACGGGAACUGCCUCAACCGGCAGCCUGGUGCCCCCGGCUUGCUGGACCCCGGUGCCAGUGGUGCUGGGAUGCAGGCGGCCAAGCUGAGAGGCACCAGCCUGCAGGGGAAUGGGAGCCAGCCAGAUUUUAGCCUGUCCGCGAUGCCCAGUGAGUCAGCGGGCAGCACGGUGAAUGGUGUGCCAACCCGAUACCCGGUGGGACAGGGGUACUUGGCCCAUCCGAUGCUCAGCGACAGCGUGCACCACCAGGGGGCAGGCCGCCCCGGGCAGCCGACGCUGGGGCAGGUUAGCGCUACCUCACAUACCAAUGUCUAUCAAGGGCCAGAGAGCAGCCUGCCAGGGCCUCCCAGCCUCGGGGGCCCGCCGCCCAGUGUGGCGGCCGUCAGGGACUACCAGCCGUGCGCAGGCUAUGGAGGCGGCAGGCGCCAGGCGGUGCCGAGAGGCAGCCUCGCUCUGCAGCCGGGACAGCACAGUGACGCCAGUCAGACCUGCAGGGUCAACGGCAUCAAGAUGGAGACACAAGGGCAGCCCCAUCAACUCUGCUCCAACAUGCAGAGUUACUUUGGUCAGUUCUAUGACCAAACCCUUGGCUUCAGUCAGCAAGACCUGAAAACUGGCUCGUUCUGUCUCUCAGAAGCCAGCUGCCUUCUCCAGGGGGCUGGCCCCGAGCACUCGGAGCUACUGUCCCCGGGCGCUAACCAGGUGACCAGCACAGUCGACAGCCUCGACAGCCACGACCUGGAAGGGGUGCAGAUUGAUUUUGAUGCCAUCAUAGAUGACGGGGACCACGCCAGCUUGAUGUCAGGAGCCCUGAGCCCCAGUAUCAUUCAGAACCUUUCCCAUAGCUCCUCCCGCCUCACGACGCCGCGAACGUCCGUGCCGUUGCCAGCGCUGUCUGUGAGCACCACCAACAUGGCCAUCGGGGACAUGAGUUCUUUGCUGACCUCCCUCGCGGAAGAAAGCAAAUUCCUUGCAGUUAUGCAAUAGGCGUUGGGGGGAAAAGGACUGCCAACAGCUUCAGGAGUUUAAACGGUUACAUUGAGUCAGUUUUUUUGCUG